AUGGAACUUUUUACCACCAAAAGGCUCUACGAACAGACAUGUGAUGUAACCCCACUUAAGGGCCCUCCAAUGAUCAAUGGCUCAACUCUUGUCCCCAUGAUCCUUUCCACAUUCUUCUUCUUUGCAAGAAUCAUUGCCAAGAGCAGUGGGCUUGCGGGAGGAUGGGGGUGGGAUGAUUAUACUAUCAUCGUUUCCUAUAUCCUGGGAUUGGCAAUCUACAUUCUCAAUAUCUACAUGAUCCGUUGUGGAUUUGGCCGAAACAUUUGGGAUGUUGUGCCCUUCGACACCAUCACCAAGUUCUACAAGCUAUUCCAAGCCCUUGCCGUGAUGUACAAGAUCCAGAUCUCUCUCGCCAAAAUCUCCGUCUGUCUCUUCCUGCUGCGCAUCUUCCAGUCUCGCACCUUCCGCUACAUCGCCUACGCACUAAUCGGUAUGAAUGCGGCUAUCGGUAUCACCUGGGCUCUGGUAGACUCGUUCCGUUGCUUGCCGACUCGUCUCACAUGGCUGGGAUGGAAGAACGAGGAGUCGGGCCAGUGCAUCAACUUCAUCAACUCCAUUCUUGUCAACUGUCUGGCGAACAUCUUCGUCGAUUCCGUCUUGAUCAUCAUGCCGGUUUUUGAAGUUGCGAAGUUGCAGCUGCCUCUGCGGAAGAAGCUGACUGUGGCACUGAUGUUUGCUGUGGGAUCUGUUCUCACUAUCAUCGCCAUUAUCCGAGUCGUCGUCUUCUGGAACAAUCGUUGGGGCUACAACCAAACCCUCGGCCUAUACCCUCUCAUUUACUGGAGUGUCAUCGAGUGCCAAAUCUCGGUCAUGUGCGCUUGUUUACCAGCAUUCAGAGCUCUUGUCGGUCGCUGGCUUCCGGGAGUCUUGGGAGGCACCGGGCGCCGAACAUAUGCCACAGGAGGAGCGGAAUACUAUCACAGAUCAGGCGGCCAAAGCAACAUCAACAAGUCAGUCACCUACGAGGUCAACUAUACCGCACGAUCGGAGACAAACAGUGACGUGGAGCUGGUGGAUAUGGAUGGAAAGCAUCGUCGGUGA